CUCCACAAGUCUUAAUGAAGUAGCCAACUGUGGAAGAAUCUGGACCCUUAGUUAAAAAUGGCUUUCCACGUGGAAGGACUGAUAGCUAUCAUCAUAUUCUACCUUCUCAUCUUGCUGGUUGGAAUAUGGGCUGCAUGGAGAACCAAAAACAGUGGCAGCGCACAAGAACGCAGCGAAGCCAUAAUAGUUGGUGGGCGAGACAUUGGCUUGUUAGUUGGUGGAUUUACCAUGACAGCCACGUGGGUUGGAGGAGGGUAUAUCAAUGGGACAGCUGAAGCAGUUUAUGUACCAGAUUAUGGUCUAGCUUGGGCUCAGGCACCAAUUGGAUAUUCACUUAGUCUGGUUUUAGGUGGUCUGUUCUUUGCAAAACCCAUGCGUUCCAAGGGAUAUGUGACCAUGCUAGACCCAUUUCAGCAGAUCUAUGGAAAGCGCAUGGGUGGACUCCUAUUCAUCCCUGCGCUAAUGGGAGAAAUGUUCUGGGCUGCAGCAAUUUUCUCUGCACUAGGAGCCACCAUCAGCGUGAUCAUUGACGUUGAUGUGCAUGCUUCGGUCAUUGUGUCGGCCCUCAUUGCCACUCUGUACACCCUGGUGGGUGGUCUCUACUCUGUGGCCUACACAGACGUUGUUCAGCUCUUUUGCAUUUUUGUAGGACUGUGGAUCAGUGUCCCCUUUGCCCUGUCACAUCCUGCGGUCUCUGACAUUGGGUUUACUGCUGUACACGCCAAAUACCAGGAGCCCUGGCUGGGGACCAUUGAGUCCUAUGAAAUCUACACGUGGCUUGAUAGUUUUCUGUUGUUGAUUCUGGGUGGAAUCCCAUGGCAGGCAUACUUCCAGAGAGUCCUCUCUUCAUCCUCAGCCACCUACGCUCAAGUGCUGUCCUUUUUGGCAGCUUUUGGGUGCCUGGUGAUGGCUCUGCCAUCCAUACUCAUCGGGGCCAUUGGAGCAUCAACAGACUGGAACCAGACUGCAUAUGGGCUCCCAGACCCCAAGACGAAUGAAGAAGCAGACAUGAUUUUACCAAUUGUUCUGCAGUAUCUCUGCCCUGUGUACAUUUCUUUCUUUGGCCUUGGUGCUGUGUCUGCUGCUGUUAUGUCUUCAGCUGAUUCUUCCAUCUUGUCAGCAAGUUCAAUGUUUGCUCGGAACAUCUACCAGCUUUCCUUCAGACAAAAUGCAUCAGACAAAGAAAUUGUUUGGGUCAUGCGAAUCACUGUGUUUGUGUUUGGAGCAUCUGCAACAGCCAUGGCCUUGCUGACGAAGACCGUGUAUGGGCUCUGGUACCUGAGCUCUGACCUUAUCUACAUCAUCAUCUUCCCACAGCUGCUCUGUGUGCUCUUCGUCAAGGGGACCAACACGUACGGGGCCGUGGCAGGUUACAUUUCUGGGCUUUUCCUGAGAGUCACUGGAGGGGAGCCCUACUUGUACCUGCAGCCCUUGAUCUUCUACCCUGGUUAUUACUCUGAUAAGAACGGUAUCUAUAACCAGAGAUUCCCAUUUAAAACACUUGCCAUGGUUACCUCAUUCCUAGCUAACAUCGGUAUUUCUUAUCUAACCAAAUACCUAUUUGAAAGUGGAACCUUGCCACCCAAAUUAGAUGUAUUUGAUGCUGUUGUUGCAAGGCACAGUGAGGAAAACAUGGAUAAGACAAUUCUGGUCAAAAAUGAAAAUAUUAAAUUAAAUGAACUUGCACCUGUGAAGCCUCGACAGAGCAUAACUCUCAGCUCAACUUUCACCAAUAAAGAGGCCCUUCUUGACAUCGAUUCCAGUCCAGAAGGCUCUGGGACUGAAGAUAAUUUACAAUGACACCAUCUAAAUAAAAUACUGCUUUUGCAAACAGAGCACUAUAGUAGGAUAGUCCUGGAAAGAUGGUUCAUGGCACAUAUAAUACAUAUUAAAAUUAUAAACAACGUUCAAGAGAACAAAUUCCU